AUGAGAUCACGAACAGGAGUUGUGUUGUCCGAUGAUCUCAAACCCGAAGAUGAUUCGAUACCGUCUGUACAUUCGGGGUCUUCUCGGGACUCUCGAGGCGUUCACAUAAUGCAGGCUGCACACCUUGCUCGUCCUGCACAAGUUGGGUACGCUGAGCAGCCGUCAGACAGUAGACCGCUGGAACCAGCACAGGAAGAUACGAGUGGUUCACACUGGAACUUUUUUCUCCAUGAGAAACUCCCUCGAUUACGCAAACACAUGAGUAGGUAUCCUUCAGUUGUUGGUGCCAGAAUAAAAGAGUCAUUUGGCUACAAGAUACGAAAGAUUCUGUAUGCAAUUGACGGUUUUCUUGGUCCAUGGGUUAAGAGACUGGUUCCCAAUUUUAUUGUUGCUCAUUACAUAUACGUCACGUUCAUGGCGUUCCUCGGGUCUAUUCUCAUAUACCCACAGCAUAAUAUAAGAUAUAUUGAUGCCCUAUUUUUCGGUAGUGGUGCUGCUUCUCAGGCUGGUUUGAAUACCGUUGACGUUAACAGGUUGACAUUGUUUCAACAGUUGUCCAUAUAUUUAAUCUGCAUGAUGACCACACCUAUAUUCAUUCACACUAUGGUUGUCUUUGCACGUAUUUACUGGUUCGAGAAAAGUAUGGAUGAUAUUAAGGAAAAGUCGGCCAAAGACUUUCGUAUGAGGCGUACGGCUACGUUGGCUGCCAUUCGUACCAUGACUAUGGACAAUGCGAGAAAUAACAGCAUCGUGGAUCAGGAGAGAGUUGACGGUGGUUACAAUACGCACAAUUCACAACAGGAGUUGGAUUCUCGGUUACAGAACUCAAAAAAUGGCGGGUAUAAAGACAAUUUGGAAAACAAUCAGCAGGAUGUUAAUAAUGUGGUUGACGGGGGAGUUUCUGGUGACGACGAUAUAGAACUACAGGACUUGCCAUCACCGUCUCAGUCUCACUCAAGUGGUGACGAUGAGGAGAAUCGAAAAUCGAAGACGUCCAUUCUAGAACCUGGAGAGGUCUCAAAUUAUCAUCCUAAUAACGUCUCUCAUAAUCUACCCAACGCCAAGGAUCGUGAUAUUCAGUUUGCAGAGCUUCCUCAUCCUACUAAAAAGGAGACGAGGUCUAGAGACAUUGAUCCAAGAGAUUUGUAUAUGUCCAUUUCAAUGAUGCAGCAUAGAAGCCAUCAAAAAAAUACAGAUGUCGAAUCUGGUCCCGCUUUACAUAUAAAUGGCCCUGCAGAACGCGAAUCGUUGAGAUUGCCGGGUCAUCAUCACAGGCACAGAAGAUAUCGGCGUCAAAGAAGAAAUCAACGACUGAAGCUUCUUCGUCAACAGGCUCAAAGGGAUUAUUUGGUCAGAGACGAGUUGAACGAGAUAAAAGAGGAAGAAGAUGGCGGCUCGCCUAAGGACAUCAAGGGUAAUGGUAAAGAAUUGCAAUUUAAGGGAGGCCCCAUAAGUAGAUGGAGACGGCAUCUUUCACGUGGAGCUCCACAGAAUAUUACAAAAUCUAGUCCGUCCGAAGCCUUAUCUGGGAUACAGAAAGUACCAGGGGAUGCUAUCUCCGAUGACAAUUAUUCAGCUAAUGACGAUGCAAAUCACUCUUCUGCCAGGAGUGCGAUUAUUGCUGCUAACGAUAAAAGAAGGCUUUCUGAUAACUCCCCAACUACUGAUGGUCGCUUUGGUCGUAGGGAGUCAUCUGGAUUUUUACCUAAGCUUAGUCGUCGAUUUACAAGAACAUUCACUGGAAGACAGUCAAGCUCGCCAGCUAACUCCAAUCCUUCUGAUAUGUCCGAUGAUGAACUAAUCAGUCUGUAUUCAAGGAAUGGAGUACUUAAUCGUACCAACUACCUCUCUUGGAACCCAACUAUAGGUAGAAACUCUACUUUUGUGGCGCAGACUAACUCCCAAAGAGAAGAAUUGGGUGGUGUUGAAUAUCGUUCAUUAAAACUACUCUCGAUCAUUUUGGUAGUAUAUUAUGUUGGUUUCCACGCUAUUGCGCUGUGUUUCUUCAUGGGACUUAUUUUCACCCAGGAUAGGUAUCAUGAAAUAGUCAAUAAUGACGGUGUAUCUGCCACUUGGUGGGCGUUCUUUACAUCUCAGACAUGUUUCAAUAACCUAGGUUACACUUUAACCCCGGAUUCUAUGAUUCCCUUCAACAAGAGUCCCUAUGUCUUGAUUAUAGGCAGUUUCUUUAUUGUCAUUGGUAACACGGGAUUUCCAAUAUUUUUGAGAUUCAUUAUCUGGAUCAUGUUCAAGCUGUCAAAGCCUCUCACUAUGUAUCAUGAGUCAUUAGCAUUCCUUCUUGAUCAUCCUAGGCGUUGCUUUACUUUACUGUUUCCCUCUGGUCCAACGUACUGGCUUUUGGCAGUUUUACUUAUUCUUAAUGCUGUUGAUUUGAUUUUAUUUGUUGCAUUGGAUUUGGAUAAUGUCACUUUACGGGAUAUUCCGAAGGGAGACCGUGUUUUAGAUGGUCUUUUUCAGGCUUUCUCUACAAGGACUGCCGGGUUGGCAGUUGUUAAUAUUGGAACUUUGCACUCUGCUAUUGAAGUCAGCUAUAUGAUCAUGAUGUAUAUAUCUGUGUUACCAUUGGCUAUGUCCAUUAGACGUACCAAUGUCUAUGAGGAGCAGUCAUUGGGUGUAUAUAUUGACGAUGAAGAUGAAAAUCAGACUAAAUCCCGUCGGAAGUCGAUAGGAUCAUUUGUGGGAAUGCAUUUGAAGAGACAACUUUACUUUGAUUUGUGGUUUGUGUUCCUUGGUUUAUUCAUUAUAUGUGUUUGUGAAAAUAAGAAGCUUCAAAGUGGUGACUAUUACUUUCAAGUUUUUCAGAUUCUGUUUGAGACCGUUUCAGCUUAUGGUGGUGUUGGAUUAAGUUUGGGAUACCCGGACUACACUCCGUCUUUUUCUGGAAGGUUUUCUACGCUCUCGAAAUUGGUUAUUAUCAUUAUGAUGUUGAGAGGAAGGCAGAGAGGUUUGCCUUACUCUAUUGAUAGAGCUGUUGUUCUCAAUUCCGAUAAACUUAAGCACAGAGAUGAACUUCAGGCAUAUCAUACAAUGCGGAGAACACGAACCAUGUCUUCUGGGAUCAGUCCUUCCAUUCCUGCAACUCGAACGAGAAGUAAUAUAUCAGAGGCAGUCGAAAACAUCCGGGAAAAUGGUGUUUCUUGGAGAAAACUAGCUACAAAUACAUUGCGUGCUGGUACCCGUAUGUUCAGGGCCAUUAUGAUGGGUCCUGGAGGAGAUGUAGACGAGUCAAGAACCUUCACAUCGGUCACCAAUCCAAACAGACAGAUACAUGGUGAACAGGCGGAACCUGAUAAUGACUCUGCUGCGUCGGAGGAAGCUGCGUCGGAGGAAGCUUCCAGUGCAAAUUCUACAGAAUCUGACACUUCUCAUUUAAUUGACAGUUUACAUUACACCAAUAGUGGUGGCUCCGAUUACUCUGGUUCGUCGUAUAGUGACGAUCAAAGCUCAAUUCAUCUUAAUACGGAGUCCUCCGAAGGAAGUCGUGCUAGGAGAGGUUCAGGCUCGAGUUAG